AUGGAAAAAGUAUUUACUGUCGCCAAAAUUAAGACUGGAGUAUGUAUGCUUUUUCUCAUUGGACUUGCCGAUACAUCGGAUAUAUCAUCGUCUUUGAGUGAUACGUUUUGCCAAGGCAAAAUUCUUAGUGUCACAAUUGUGGUGCCAACAGAAGAUGAGUUUGGAGCAAACAAUCUUGCUUUGUGUUCAACGUGUGGGGGUGGAGAAGAGUCUGAGGUUAUGGCGUCUCAUGCAGACCUUGCGCUGGGAGCACAAGGUAAUCGCUUGCUCCGAAGCAAGACAAAAAAGGAUGACAAAUCCAAAUCUCUGUUGAACGGUAUAUCCGAAGGAUACAAAGAAGCUUUUGGUACAAACAGUGGAGCAACGACGGCUACGGACGCAGACAGUACCACAUAG